AUGGUUGGCAUUGGAGAUGGCAAAGAAAGUAUGAUCGCUAGAGUGUCUAUUGUAAAUGACUGUGGUGUUUGUAUUUACGACAAAUAUGUAAAGCCGAUGGUAACUGUAAAAAAUUAUCGUACCCCUGUUAGUGGCAUUAGACCUCAUCACUUAAAAAAUGGCGAAGAUUUUGAAAUUGUGCAUAAAGAAGUAGGGGACAUUCUUAGAGGUAGAAUAUUAGUUGGACACGCACUCCACAACGACUUGUACGUUUUAUUCCUGUUUCAUCCAAAGCAUCUGCAACGGGACACGGCGAAAUACUUUCGUAAGCUUACCAAAGGUUCCACUCCAAGUUUAAAGAGACUAGCAACAGAAUUCCUCGACCUUGAUAUACAAAACGGAGAACAUAAUUCCAUCGAAGAUGCCAGGACAGCUAUGCAACU